GAUGGCAGGGAUCCUCGCCUGGUUCUGGAACGAGCGGUUCUGGCUGCCGCACAAUGUCACCUGGGCGGACCUGAAGAGCACCGAGGAAGCCACCUUCCCCCAGGCGGAGGACCUCUACCUGGCCUUCCCCUUGGCCUUCUGCAUCUUCAUGAUCCGCAUAGUUUUCGAAAGGUUCAUAGCGAAACCGUGUGCCUUAGCCUUAAAAGUCCAGGCCAAUGGACCACAAAAAGCUCAGCCUAAUGCUAUUCUUGAAAAGGUUUUCACUGCAAUUACAAAGCAUCCAGAUGAGAAGAGACUGGAAGGGCUAUCCAAACAGCUGGACUGGGAUGUACGCAGUAUUCAGCGUUGGUUUCGACAGAGGCGCAAUCAGGAAAAGCCGAGCACUCUCAGAAGGUUCUGCGAGAGCACGUGGCGAUUUACAUUUUACCUGUAUAUGUUCACUUAUGGAGUCCGGCUGCUGAAGCAGAGUCCGUGGUGGUGGAAUACCAGGCAGUGCUGGAUAGGAUAUCCUUUACAGCCAUUGACGCCUGAGCUUCAUUAUUACUACAUAGUCCAGCUAUCAUUCUACUGGUCGUUAAUGUUUUCUCAGUUCAUUGACAUCAAAAGAAAGGACUUUGCAGUAAUGUUUACCCAUCACAUCGUAACAGUUAUUUUGCUGACCCUCUCGUACACAGUCAAUUUCACACGUGUGGGGGCCUUGACGUUGUGCCUUCAUGAUUCAGUUGACAUUGUGCUGGAGGCAGCCAAAUUGACAAACUACUGCAAGUAUCAAAGACUGUGCGAUAUCCUUUUCCUCAUGUUUGCGAUUGUAUUCAUUAUCACAAGACUUGGAAUAUAUCCUUUGUGGAUACUGAACACAGUAUUAUUUGAGCUGCCUGCAGUUAUUGGCACCUUUCCUUCCUGGUCGUUCUUUGUCAUUUUACUUCUGACCCUUCAAGUCCUCCACUAUUUUUGGUCUUACCUAAUAGUAAAAGCAGCUUACAAAGCUAUUUCUAAAGGCAAGGCUGGGAAGUGGAACCCUUUGCAUGUAAGUAGGGAUGACCGCAGCGACGUCGAGUCGAGCUCGGACGAAGAGCCCUCGCCUCCUCAUUCAAAGAUCCCCCUCAGCUCUGCCACCACCAAUGGGACCAGCGGAGCGAACGGGACAAACGGCUACCUCACCGGUGGCAAUUCUGUGGAGGAACACUAAUUUCCCCAGAU